AUGCGAUUUCAUGAAUGUGUUUUACCUUUCGUGUGGUAUCUGCGAUGCGAACCACCAAUCGCUGGCACAUCGGAGGGAAAACAAGUCGUUUGCAUAGGAGCAUCAUUCAUAGGAAUGGAACUUUCAUCCGCUCUGUCCAAGAUAGCGGCGUCUGUAACUGUUAUCUGCAUGACGGAAGAACCAUUACCACCGCUCGGAACAGAUAUUGGUGCUGCCCUAAGAGAGCGUUUUGAAGCGAAAGGGGUGAAAAUUAUAAGGAACAUGACUGCAGAGCGACUUGAGGGAGAAAGCGAAGUGACUGGUGUUACUCUAAAAUCGGGCGAAACUCUACCAGCACAAGUGGUCGUAGUAGGAAUUGGAGUUCAACCGCCCACUGAUUGGCUGAAAGACACUCGUAUAGAGUUAGACGAUGCCGGCUUCAUAAAAGUGGACCGCUAUUUCAGGACUUCUGCUGACUGGAUCUAUGCGAUCGGUGAUGCUGUCAAGGCUCCGUUGGCUUUGUGGGACGUAGACUCCAUGAAUAUUCAGCAUUUCCAGUUGGCUCUAACACAUGGCAAGUUUCCUAAUGAUCUGGUUUCAUGGCUGCCAAAUACUCUUAUAAACAAACCAUUUAUAGGUCAGAUGCUCGGCUAUUCAAUUAUGGGCCGUCCAUUCCCACAUGAGAUAGUGCCAUUCUUCUGGACAAACUUCUUCGGCGAAUUCGGACUGCGAUUGUCAGGCUGCUCCAAAAUAGCUGAAGAGGAGAUUGUUCACGGUGAUCUUGCCGAGCUGAAAUUUGCUAAGUACUAUUUGAAGGAUGGUGUCGUUGUGGCUGUUGCGAGUGCUGGUCCUGUUCCGACUGCGAUACAAUUUGAAGAGCUGUUCAAACGAAAAGUUCAAAUCACCCGUGAAGACGUGGAAAAGUAA